AAGAAAGGGGGAGGAGAUGCGGCGUCCCGUGCACGGCUUUAAAACCUCCCAGGUCACCACGCCGCCGAAUCACUAGAAACCCCAAACCAAAGCGAAUUUCACCACCAGCGAGCAACCCCCCACCGCAAGUAAGAUCAAGGAGGAGGCGAUGGCUGGCGGCGGGCAGGCGGCGGUGUCGUUCCUGACGCGGAUGGCGGCGGCGGCGGCGGGGUUGGGCCUGGCGGCGUCCGCGGCCUCCACGUCCUUCUACACGGUGGACGGCGGGGAGCGCGCCGUCAUCUUCGACCGCGUCCGCGGCGUGCUCCCGCAGACGACGUCGGAGGGCACUCAUUUCCUGGUCCCCAUCCUCCAGAAGCCCUUCAUCUUCGACAUCCGCACUCGCCCCCACAGCUUCUCCUCCACCUCCGGCACCAAGGACCUCCAGAUGGUCAACCUCACGCUCCGCGUCCUGUCGCGCCCCGACGUCGAACACCUCCCGGACAUCUUCAACUCCCUCGGCCUCGAGUACGACGAGAAGGUCCUCCCAUCCAUCGGCAACGAGGUGCUCAAGGCCGUCGUCGCGCAGUUCAACGCCGACCAGCUCCUCACCGAGCGUCCCCACGUCUCCGCGCUCGUCCGCGAAUCGCUCACCCAGCGCGCCCGCGAGUUCAACAUCGUCCUCGACGACGUCGCCAUCACCCACCUUGCCUACGGGCCGGAGUUCUCGCAGGCCGUCGAGAAGAAGCAGGUCGCGCAGCAGGAGGCCGAGCGCUCCAGGUUCCUCGUCGCGCGCGCCGAGCAGGAGAGGCGCGCCGCCAUCGUCCGCGCCGAGGGGGAGAGCGAGGCCGCGCGCCUUAUCUCCGAGGCCACGACCACCGCGGGCAACGGCCUGAUCGAGCUCAGGAGGAUCGAGGCGGCCAAGGAGAUCGCCGGCGUGCUGGCGCGCACGCCCAACGUCUCCUACAUCCCCGCCGGCAACAAUGGCCAGAUGCUGCUCGGGCUUAACGCCGCCCGGUGAAUGGAUCGUCUCUUUCCCCGUGAUUAGUUAGUGCCUCAGUGUGGCCUAUUGAACUACUUCAGUAAUUUCAGAUAGUUAUGGUUUUGUGGUACGAUUCGAUGAUGGUGAUAUGCGUUGCUCAUAAAGUUCGGCAGACUGAGAAUUUAUCCAACAAUUGUUUCAUUUUAUUGUCAGAAUACUCGAUCGUUAUUGUGAUUUGUGAAUGUGAUGUCUCUUGUUCGAUGUACUUCUUGUCUGAUCUA